AGCGAAAACUAAUAUCGUACGUAUACGAUACGUAUGUUUAGUUCCCACUGUAGAUGCAUACAACUGUCGUUUUGUUGUAUAUAUAUUAAAUAACGUGAAUUCAUUAGGAAAAUUCGAAAAAAUGAGCUACACUAUAAAUUUAAAAACAAUACAAGCGUGUAACCUUUUAAAUAAUUUCCGUUCAACGCGUUUAAAAUGCCGAAAGAGGAUGUCAACAACGACCAAAAAAGAAUCAAUAAAUGAGCAGGAAACUAGCACCGAAGAAACUACACAUUUUGGAUUUCAGACCGUCAAGGAAAGUGAAAAAGUUCAAAAAGUUCACAAAGUUUUCGAAGAUGUGGCCAAAUCUUACGAUUUAAUGAAUGAUGUGAUGUCAAUUGGUAUACAUCGUAUUUGGAAAGAUAUUUUUGUAGAACGUUUAGGUCCUUCUCAUGGGACCCGUUUGUUGGAUAUGGCAGGAGGCACCGGCGAUAUAGCUUUCCGUUAUAUUAAAUAUUUAGCCAAUAUUCCCAAUCCUAAAAACCGGCAAAGUCACGUCACCAUCAGCGAUAUCAAUCAACACAUGCUUGAUGUAGGGCAGAAAAGAGCUGAGGGAUUAAAAUAUAUCGCGCAAAGUUUACCUCAAAUGUCGGUUGAAUGGAAAUGUGAAGAUGCCGAAAAGUUAACAUUUCCUGAUGAUAGCUUUAAUGCUUAUACCAUAGCAUUUGGUAUAAGAAAUUGUACUCAUAUCGACAGAGUUUUGUCUGAAGCUUACCGCGUCUUACAACCUGGUGGUCGCUUUAUGUGCUUGGAAUUUAGCCAUUUAACUAAUGAUGUUUUACAAUGGCUUUAUGAUCAAUACUCUUUCCAAGUUAUACCACCAAUGGGACAAAUAUUGGCAGGACAAUGGGAUCCUUAUCAGUAUUUGGUAGAAAGUAUACGCAAAUUUCCUCAGCAAGAAGAAUUCAAAAAAAUGAUUUCAGCCGUUGGUUUUCAAAUGGUCCAAUAUGAAAAUCUUUCUUUUGGCGUAACUAGCAUACAUUCAGGUUUUAAAUUGUAAUAAUAUCAUUAUGGAAUUUUUCAUGAACACUGCAUCUUAUUAUACCCAUCACCAAAGGUUAACGAAAUAAAAGUGAAGAGAAGACGAACCAAUUUGUAACUAACACGAAAAACAUCAUUUAAUACGUUUUAUUUCUUGAUCGAAGCAUGGAUUCUUUUUCAAAUCAUUUUUAAAUGAAUGUAAAUAAUUU